AUGUCAGCCUGGCUAGCCCAAGAGCUUAGCUGCCAAGUGCUAAAGUUCUGCCAAGACCCGCUGGUCGAACGAGGUCGAGCUCAGCUGAGCUCCUGGACCAGGCUGAGGAGCUUCAGGGAAGCGUUGGUGGCACAAGACGCGAAGGGAGCGAAGGAGCGAUGGAGGCGGCUUUGGCGCAAGCAUGUGGAGGUGGAAGUGCAGGAGAUUGCGGGAACGGUGCAUGUGGACUUUGGCCAGCGAGUGAAACAACGCAUGCAGGAGAGCAGCAGGAAGCUGGGUCUGCAGCUUGGUGCCGAGCUGGCAAAUGGGGAGCUGGUGGCCAACAAGCGGGAGGCCUGGAUGAAGUUUCUGCAGGACAUGCAGCAGUUGCCACAAACCAAGCAGUGGGCCAAUCGGAAGGCCCCCAUUGAGGCCUUCUCGCCGUGGUUGGCGAAGUUCGACACUCGCAGCGCCUUUGGCAGCCAUGAGGAACAGCUCGAGGUCCUCGGACAAUACAGGGGCUUGGAGCGUCCAGAGCCUCGAAGUCACGCGAGCGUCACCCGCUUCGGCCCUCAGCUCCUCAUCAUGGCGUCCAAGCAGAUGCCCAAGCGCUUGGUCAUUUUGGGCAGCGACGAGCGAGAGCAUUGGUUUCUCGUGAAAGGUGGCGAGGACGUGCGCUUGGAUGAGCGCGUGGAACAGCUCUUUGGCAUCAUCAAUAGCAUGGCUCCGGAUGCUGCUGGGCUCAGGGUCCGCACCUAUUCGGUGAUUCCGCUCUUCCCCGACCUGGGCGCAUUGGAAUGGGUGCGUGAGACGAAACCGUUGAAGGCCAUCGUGCAAGAAACAGCUCGGGCGAAGGAGAUGAACGAGAUUGAGGCACACAAGCUGCGGAUCGAGUGGUCCAAGCGCUUCGGAGGUCAAGCGGUGCAGAGAUAUUCUAAGAUUUUCGAGUUGCCCAAAGCCGAUGCGGUGGUGGCGUUCCAGCGCUGCGUGGCGGCCAUGCCAAGUUCCGCGUCCUUGAAGGCCUUCUUUUGGAGCAGCGCCGUGGGUCCGGAGGCUUUCUGGCACACACGUCAGCGCUUUGCUGCCUCUUUGGCUGCUGCCUCGGCCGCCUGCUAUCUCCUUGGCAUUGGAGACCGGCACUUGGACAACUACCUCCUUUGUUUGAGGACGGCCGAGUUGGUGCCCAUUGACUUCGGCUACUCCUUUGGCAUCGGCGCACUGUUGCCGGUGCCGGAGCUCAUGCCCUUCCGUCUGACGAGCUUCCUUCUUAGCGCCCUGCAGCCUUUGGCAGGGCCUUAUGGGCAUGGCACCUUUCGAGAUAGUUUGGAACAGGUUUUAAGCACUUGCCGCGCCAAAAGUGCCAUGCUCCUGGAUGCGUGUGCGAUCUUCAUCCGAGAGCCCUUGUUGGAUUGGACCACUGAGUCACGGCGCCGUGGCUUCGCAGAUCUGGACUUCCUGCCAAAGAGGCGCUUGCACUUCCUGUCGUUGCGCUUGCAGGGCCAGCAUCCUGCGUCCAUUCUCAAAGAAGAGUUGACGGACAAUCAGACUCCCUGGGUCAAGGAGAUGGCCAGGCGUUCCACCCAACCCUUGGAACUCAUGGUCGCCGGCUUGGAGGAACCUGAGAGAGCUAAGAUCUACCAGCGUGGAGAAGCGCUCACAGCAGCAGAGCAGGCCGAGUGCCUCAUCCGUCAAGCGACAGAUCCAAACAUCUUGGGCCGUGCGUGGGAGGGAUGGGCCCCCGAGAUCUGA